ACCAGGAUUCUAAAAUAAAGCCAGGCACAAAUUUUGGCACAUUGAAAUUUUCUACAUUAUACUACUCUUAGAAUCUCUCUGCCCCAAAUCAUAAAGAUUAUAAGAUUUUUUAUUCUUUUACAACAUAAUUGCAUUUAUGUAAAAAUAGGACAAAGCGUUGCGAUUUACACUGAGUUUUUAGCUAGAGGAAAUUGAAACUUAGAUCCAGCAGAUAAUUACAAUUUCUGCUAAAAUAGCCUGUGGAGCCACUAGGUAUGUUGGUAUAUGAAAAAUACAGUGAGAUCGUUGAGGUUAAAUGUAAUCAUGUAUCUUUUAAACCGAUUUUUUACCAGAAAAUAUAUCCCCAAGUUACCUUUGAAGUAUUCAUACUUAGGAAUGCUUUACAUUUAUUCUGAUGCUGUUAUGUACAAGCGGUUUAUAAGUGCCUCUUAACUGACAUCAGAAUCAAUGUAAGAAGCAAAACCAAAUCCAUUUCUAUGCCUUAUUCAUUAUGUCUAACUUCUCUCUUUUUUUAACCAAGAAUAUUAGUUUGGGGUUGGAACAUGAGUAACCAUGAAAUGAUAAGCCUAUGAUAACUAUGAAACAUGUCAUGUCUUUGUUCACUUUUGGCAAUUUCCAAAAAGCAUAGAAUUUCCCCCCAAAAAAGAGAUAAUUUGUCACCCUUUCAAAGAAGUUUACUACAACUUUUAAAGACAAUUCUGAGAGGAAUUCUAAGAAUGUUUAUGCAGUAGUGGCUAUAAAAACAUAAGUGCAUGACCUUCAGCAUGUCUGUUUUGGUUGCAUAAUUUAAGAAGCAGAGAUCCUAUUAAAAUAGGGUCACACUGCUUUAUAGAUAUACUUAAUCAAUGGAAGGCCUUGCAAGAAACCUACAGUUUUAUGGGAGGCAGCAGCACUACUUCCUGGGCUAUAAUAAAGUGUUCUGAUGCAGCUUCAUACAGCAAGGAGGAAGAGGUUGUGUACAAAAUCACCACCUUCUGUGGGUAUAUAAAGGAGCAAGUUGAAUGAGAAGCCUAAGACACUCACUUCUUUCUAUCAACAGCCACCUACUCCCGAAAUCUCACUAUGGCUUGCCACAACUACUGCUCCGGAAACUACAGCUUGGGAUCCCUCAGGAAUCCUUGUCAUAUCCCUCUCUCCUCAUCCAUUGCCCUCUGCCCUACAAAUGUGAGUGGUGGCGAUGUCCUUUGCGUGCCCAGUAGCUGUCAAGACCGUACCUGGAUCCUGAACAAUGGCCAAGAGACCUGCAGUGAACCUGCCAGCUGCCAGCCAGCCAGCUGUGAGCCCAGCAACUGUGAGACUUCCAGCUGCCCUUCCACUGCGUGCUACGUGCCCAGACCCUGCCGAGGAAUCAGUCUUCUUCCUGUAACUCACACCUCUGGCUCCUGCCUCUCAGUAUCCAGUAGACCUCUGAACUACGUGUUCAGCAGCGGCCGGCCCCUGAGCCUCCUCACUCCUGGAUACCGCCCCCAGGGCUGUUUGCCCUGUGGUCCUCACCACCUUAGCGUUGUGUCCGGCAGCCUCAGACCUCUGUAUCCCGUUUUCGGCGGAUGCCAACCUCUGACACAUGUAGUCAAUACUUGUCAUCCAUCUUGCUCUUCCUGGGGAGGCCAGUAGCUUCCUUGUUCCAGAUAAUGAUCCACCUGAGGACCCAAGACAAAAACUCAAACUCCAUGGACUUUUGCUUCUUUCCUAGUCGUGACUGCUUUUUCUUGAUUGUCCUGUGCCUGAUCCAAAGAAAGCUGCUCCUUUCACAUUUUAAUCUUUGUUUCCUCUCUCCUUAAGGUAAAAUGAUUUGGUUUACAAUGCUAUUCAAUGCCACUCAGGUGUGGAAAGAAUGUAUUCGGUGUGGGUUGCAAUAAAUGAGUUUCAUUCAGAAUUAAGAA